AUGGACGUACCGGAUCUGAUGCCGCUGCUGGAGCAGCUUGAUGAUAAUGUGGAUGACCUUGAGGAGGUUCUUCAGCCCAUUUUGGGUCAGUCUCUGGCAAAAGUUUCCAAGAAUUUGCCUGUUAUGGACAAGGCCAAGAUCCACGUCUUGGCCACCUACACUCUUGAGUCUCUCAUUUUCUCAUAUCUCCGUCUCAAGGGUGUCGAUGCGAAACAGCACCCUGUGUUCCGGGAAUUGACGCGCGUGCGACAAUACUUCGAGAAGAUCAAAGAAAUGGAGAAAGGACCUGAAGAGCGCCCCAUGACUUUGGACAAAGCAGCCGCAGGACGAUUUAUCAAGGCUGGCCUUGCUGGCAAUGACAAGAUCGAUCUGGAGCGGGCCGAGAGGGAAGCCAAGGAGAGAGCUCGCGCCGAGGUGAAGGCCGCUAUUCUGGCCAGGAAGGCAAAGGCCGCUGCGCAGGCUACUGCCGAUACCUCCAGCGCCGCUCCCUCCUCUGCCCCAGACACCGCCAACUCCGACGAUGACAGCGACGAAGAGAUGCAAGAUAAGGCUGAAGCUGGUAGUGAGAGCGGAAGCAAGGCCAGCACGCCCACUUCUAAUAGCAAGAAGCUCAAGAAGCUCAAGAAGGAGACAGGAAUCAGCGGCAGAAAGGCGGCGAAUAGAGCAGCGAAGCAGGAACGACGACAGAAGAAGGAGGAUGCUCGAAAGGCCCGAGGAGCCAAAUAG